AUUAAAAAGAUAAUAAAUCUCUGUUAUAUCUGGGAUAAUAAGUGCAUGGAAUGUUUCAGAUGCAUGGUUUUUUUUGUGGACAGUGCAUAUUUAAGCUUUCCAAUCACAACAAAGCUGCACUAAAAUAAGUGAAGCAGGCACAGGAGGGUUGAACUAUAAACACCUGAGGUAGCCAUUGAGGAAGGUCAAUGCCCUCUGAUUGCUUCUGCGGGACUGACUGCCCUCAACAGAGGAAGAGUGCCUGAAACAAAAACAAAUGUGAUUGAGUUUAUUGUAAUUUGAUAUAGCUGAAUCUUUUUAAUUUACAAUGACAUAUAAGCACUGAAGACUGAGAGCUCAUUGAAAGAAUGUAAUUAUUUCCAUCCCAGUUGUUUGACAUUUUGAUCAAUUCGCACCUCAUAGAGAAUGAUUAUGAAGUCCACGCUUUGCCACAGCUGGCAAAUUAUUGAAUAAAUCAUUCACAUAUCUUAUUCCAAUAUCUGCUUGCAGGAAUUCCUUUAACUGUGACCGACUUAUUAAGUCUAUCUGUCUUUAUUGCAUUAUGUGCCUGCACUUCUCCUACUCUCUAUUACUCAUUGCCUUUUCUUUAUAUUCAUCAUUGUCUUGGAUAGACUCCAGAAGGGGACCAGGCACUGAAAGUGUCUCUAAUUAAUUUGCCCCACAUGCGGUGCACGUUAAGGUUAACUUGUGGUGACAGAACAUAGCCAUCAGCCCAAUACUGAAUAUCCUCAUCACACGUGACACUGUCGCUUAUGUCCCUGAAUUGUGUAAAAGCAAGCCCAUACCAACGUCCUGAUUGUGGUUUACUGUGUAUCAUUUUGAGGCUCUGUUAGUCUCCUGCUCUGUGAAAAUUAGAUUUAUUCUGUAACCACAAAAACCACUUCUUGCUUGAGUUACUGCACAGGCAGAAGCUUUUGGUAAGUUUUGUUCUGUGUCGGAUAGUUUUUAAUUGUCUAAUGAAGUAUUUGGAUAAUAAGAUGAUGGAUGAUGUGAAUGAUUUACAGUUCACAAACUAAACUACACUUAUCCAAGAUUUAUAUGACAUGAGCACUAAAUAUCCAAGGUACUUCUGUCUGAUGAACCUCCCAGACAAAACAAACUGUGCAAGCUACUUCUCUGAGAGUCAUAAUUUCAAGAAGCCCUCAUUAUUAUGAGAUACUGACUCAUAAUUAGGAGAAAGUGUCAUCUUGACUACAGAAAUAAUUUUCUUUUUUCAAGUGGCAAAAAUGGGUUUCUAUACUGAACUGUCUACAUAGGUAGAUGUAAUGUGAAAGAUGUAAAUGUGAAAGCAACUGUCUAUUCAGGGAUAUAAAGGAAUAGGAAACCAAUAUUCAUAAGUGUAUUUACAUGAAUAGAAGUAACAAUACUCCUCCACUCCAUAGCAAGUAGCUAGCUAGGUGCACAAAUACAUGACAAAUUUUAUGCAAAUAUGAGCUUUAUGUAAUGUAAUGAAAUUUAGAAGUAAUAAAGAUUGUAAAAACAAAGAAAGUAGGUUAGUUUAAUACUUUAGUUAUUUUGACUAGAACUCUAAACAUGUUACAUUGGUUUCCAUUUUUAAAUGAACUGUUGUUCUUGGCCAAUAUGGAAAACAUAACAAAACAAAACAAAACAUGGCUGUUUCACCCACUGUGCCACAGUGGCAAGAUCACCUAUCCCUCAUAUACCAACUCAUAUUCCUUAGUUAAGGGUUUAAAAGUUCAAAGAGUGAAUCAGCAUCAAAUAAUGCAGCCACUAGUGAAUAGUACACGUUGAAUCAAACUUGAAACAAUUAUUUGGUUGUCACUGACAAAAGGUGUGUACAACAUGCAGUUCAAGACAAUUUACUUAGGCUUACUUAGGCUUUUCUUUCAGAGCUAGAAAGGGAAGUCCAGUCCUGGUAGAUACAUUUUGUGUAGUUCUGCAGAUGUACAACUCAAGAUGAGCUACUUUACUGCAGUGGACUUGAGAUCUUGGGACUUAUCCAGUAUACAAUCUCUCCACAAAUGUCAGAAGCAUUAUUCAAUUUUAAAGAUCUGAAAAGCUACUCCAGGACAAAGAGUUUUGCAUGCUAUGAUUCAGAAGCCAAGAUGUCUUUUGAAAAUAAACUGAUUUAAAAUCAGUCUGAAGAGGUUAGUAAAAUACAUGACAAGCCAAGUAUAUCGAGCCACCUUCAGGAUUCAAUCAAUAACUUAUUUCAAUUUAUUGAAACCAUCUGCACUCAAAUAUAGAUAAUCAUUUCAUGGCAACUAAACUUUUGUCGCUCGGUGAAAGGAGGACGAAAAAUAAGAUGAAGAUAAGUAGAAGGGACGUUAACUCCAGCACUGGCUGCUGCACACAACUUAAAUGCACACAGAACAGCUCAAAUCUGCUUGUAACAAAUGAUGUUAAACUGGGCAUAAACGAUGUGGUUAAAGGAGUUGGAUAUUUUAUAUUUUAGGAGUUGUGUUUAUAUUUCAAUUGAACUGGCUUAGUCAAACAAAAUGGAAAAAUUUCAAAUAAACGCAGGUUAGUCCAGAUUAAUGGUGUAAUGUCAUCAUUAACUCGAAGGGCAAUUCAGGUUCUUAUCAUUGCAUUUGUCUAGUUUCAGGCCCAGAAAAAACAACAACAUGAAAUUCACAGCAACACUAGGUAUCAGUCAAAAACAAACAAUUUGCUAACAAUUAAGAUUCUCCAUCCCCCUCAUUAAUUGUUCAUGUACAGUAUGCAGUGGAAUUGUGAGGACUGUAAAGUUCCAUAACAAGUUUGAAAUUAAUCUAGUGAGACAUUAUGAAGUUUCUUUUCCAUGCCUAAGGAGAAAACUGAAGGAGAAAAGUGAAAACUGAACUCUUCUUUGGUUAACUCAUGUCAGACGUUUUUCUUCCUGCUGCUAAGGGCAUUAUUGUAACACAGGGACAGUUACAGUGAGGUUGAUGGUGCAACUCUGUGGCCAAAUUAAUGGUACAUAAACUCAGCUUAUAUUAGCCACAGUCUUUUUAUAAAAUGUAUUGGGAUCAGUGCAAAGGCCCACUGACUCCAGGCAAAUUGAUCAAGCUUACUGUAAAACUAACAGAAUGAAGCAAAGGCAACACUCCAGGUUUAGUGGAGCGCUACAUAACUCAAAAGGCCUAGACAGUAUUUCUGUCAGAGGAUCCCUCAGUGAUCCUCUUGUGCUUGCUCCCAGUUUUACGCUCAGAAUGUCUGUGGUUGUUAGUAACUCAUUCUGUAGUAAUGUCUCAUUAUCUAGAUUUAUUAUAGUUUUGUUUGAAAGAGUAUCUUCUUCACUUGAAAUGAAACAGUAGACAGCUGUUUCCUGAGCUUUACUCUUUUAAAUGACCUAUGCCAUUUCAAUUACUUCCCAAACAUGGUAGGAUGGAAUAUCCCAUAAACAUGGUAUUUCCCUAUGUUUUUAUGACAACCAUUUAAAAACCACUGUUCAACUAAUUGCUGGAAUGUUUUUUUAAUAGACAUGUACUAGACUUUUAGGUUGUAUUGGGAUGACAGCGCAGACAUUAAAAAACAUAAUAGUCAAAUUUUUCCUGGAAAUUCAUUUCAUUCUAAAUAAACAUUUAAACCAUUUAAAAAGAAUUGUCCCACAAAACAGAUGGCCAGAUACAGAGUCAUGCACCAGACAUGGAAAGUCUGGCACUUAUUAUUAAAUAACUGAUCUUAUUAAUCAUUUAAAAAGAUAUGUUAGUUCAAAUGCACCUCGGCCAUCCAUAUGGACAAUACCCUUGACUGCUACCCUUGAAUUUGACACAGUGCUACAUACUCAGUAGACAUGUGCAGUCGUGUACACAAUCCAUGUUAUGUUGUGUGGUUGUUGUUUUUGUUAUACCAUUUUGUCCCCAGGGACUUCCUGGUGUGCCCUCCAUGGCUGCAUUACACAGCAAUCAAAUCCUGACUGUAAAGGGUGAUCAAGGUCAAGCAGGCCCUCCAGGACCUCCUGGACCUCCAGGUCCUCCUGGCCCCAGGGGACCCCCAGGAGACACAGGGAAGGAUGGUCCCAGGGGAGCUCCAGGGCUACCAGGUGACCCAGGAACCCCAGGAGAGCUCGGCCCCAUGGGACCUGAGGGCCCUCCAGGCCUCAAGGGAUCCACUGGGUCACCUGGCAUUCCAGGUAUUGAUGGAUUGAAGGGUGACAGAGGAGAGCAAGGUGAAAAGGGUGAUAUGGGAGAAGAGGGGCCAAAAGGCAAUGUUGGUGAGAAGGGUGAUGCGGGUUCUUCUGCUGCUGGCAUUAAGGGUGAACCAGGUGAACCAGGACGAAGUGGGCAAAAGGGAGAACCAGGACUUCCAGGGCUGCCUGGACUUCCCGGAAUAAAGGGUGAACCUGGCUUUCUCGGCCCGCAGGGUGAGCCAGGGCUACCAGGACUACCUGGAACAAAGGGAGAACGAGGAGAGCCAGGACCGCCAGGAAAGGGUGAACGUGGGGAGACAGGCCCAGUUGGACCAAAGGGAGCAGAAGGGGAGCCAGGAACACCGGGACUCAAAGGAUCCAAGGGGGAAACUGGAGAUAAAGGAGAUGUUGGAUUUACAGGACCCACAGGUCCAGCUGGAGAGAAAGGUGACCAGGGCACAACUGAAAUAAUUGACUACAAUGGAAACAUCCAAGAAGCGCUUCAGAAGAUAACCACUAUUACAGUGACGGGUCCCCCUGGGCCUCCUGGACCAAUUGGACCACAGGGCAUUAAGGGUGAUCAAGGUCCUCCUGGUCUUCCAGGUCUUGAUGGCGAGAGGGGUCACAAGGGUUCAAAAGGAGACAUGGGAAUGCCAGGAAUGUCUGGCGAUAAGGGAUCUGUAGGAUUGCCUGGGCUACCAGGUUUCAAUGGUCAGAAAGGUGAAAAAGGUGAUAAUGGCAUGCCUGGACCUCAAGGACCAUCUAUUAUUGGCCCUCCUGGGGCACUUGGUCCACAUGGUCCUCCUGGUCCAAUGGGCCCACAUGGAUUCCCUGGACAAAAGGGAGAAGCAGGUUUGCCUGGUUUGAAGGGAGCACGUGGGGAGCCCGGGUAUAAGGGUGACCGUGGACCCCUGGGCCUCCCUGGAGCGUCUGGCUUGGAUGGCAAGCCGGGAUUAAGGGGUACAGAUGGCCCAACUGGUGCUCCUGGUCCUGCUGGUCCUAAAGGAGAUAGAGGUGAGAAAGGUGUUACAGGUGAACCUGGGCCAAGAGGACCAUAUGGAUUACCUGGUGCUGCUGGGACACCUGGCUUGGAUGGGUUACCAGGCUUAAGGGGAGAGAAGGGCGACGUGGGGGAAAGAGGAGAAAAGGGGGAGAAGGGAAAGAAGGGCAAAAAAGGGCCUAAGGGGGAGAAAGGAGAACAGGGUGCCCCUGGAUUAGAUGCACCCUGCCCAUUGGGGCCAGAUGGAUUACCAAUGCCUGGUUGCUGGCAAAAGGGAGUCACACCUUGGCUGGUGGCCUGAGAGAGUCAUUUAAGUGGAGGUGGAAUGAGAUUGUUGGUUUUACUUUAUUGUAAAGAGGUCCGUUCCUUCAGCUCUUCGGGAUUUCACUCCCUGAGCACCGUUACUUAUUGAAACGAACAACAAACUCUUAAUCACAGGAUGAGUGGAAGAAGAAGGCAGCUGCUGCACUGUCUUCAUCUAAUUCUGGGUCCGACGGCGGAUCAGAAACUCCACCCUGCACUUUAUUGGAGUGGGUGUGUGCAAAAGGAUGGAGGUUUCCAACACAAGUCCCAUCAUCAGCAGUGGCAUCUCUGUAUUUCUCUGAAAUGGGACACUUGAUGGGAUCUAGAGAGGAUGAUG